UUGAUUCUACAGAUAUAUCGAUAACUGAAACUGUUUUAGUGCAGAAAGAUGUUGUUGAAGGUAACACCAACCAGUCAAGUACGGCAGAAGAAAAACCAACAAGAGAUAUUUUCACUUCAAAUAAUUCAAAAAAUAAUUCUUAUUAUAAUAAUAAACCUACAAUGUUUUCUAAACCUGAAAAUCAAAUAGCUUCAGAUUCUCAAUCUCAAGCUUUUUAUUCAGAAACAACAACAGAUAUUGACCCCAAACAUUUAGUAGAAAUUUCUGAAGACGGGAUUCCAGGUUUACCCGUUGAACCUUUAUCAUCAAAUACUAGUAAUUCAAAUAUUAUAUUAUUACCUAAACAAAUUAUUCGAAUAGAAAGAGAUUAUUGUAAAGGAGAAUUAUGUCAAUUUCAAGAUUCUUUCCCUGUGGAGAUUGAUGGACGGGUAAAUCCAAGACGAUUUCAACGAACAAUAAAUACAUUAAAUCAAAAAUUGGAAAAGGCAUUUGACCCAAAAUAUAAUUGCCUAGAUAAUUUUCUCGCUUGUGUAACAAUAUAUACAUCAACGUUAUGCAUUCGGCCACACUUUGAGAAGUUCAAUCUUUAA